CCGGCCUCCGCGGCUCAGGCCCCGCCCACGCUUGUCUCCCCAGUUCUCAUCUUCGGGGAGUCCAAGACUGGCAACCCGAGCCACAUCGGCAGCAUCGAUCCGCACUGCGAUGUGGUCGCCGUGGUCCAAGAUGCCUACGAGAGCGCCCGCAUGCUGUGCGACCAGUAUUACCUCGUGUCUCCGGAGCUGAAGCUGACCCAAGUGAAUGGGAAGGGCCCGGGGCAGCCCAUCCACAUCGUCUACGUCCCCUCCCACCUUCACCACAUGCUGUUCGAGCUCUUUAAGAAUGCCAUGAGGGCCACAGUGGAGCACCAGGAGAGCCAGCCCUCCCUCACGCCCAUCGACGUGACGGUGGUCCUCGGGAAGGAAGACCUGACCAUCAGGAUUUCCGACCGAGGGGGCGGCGUUCCCCUGAGAAUAAUCGACCGCCUCUUCAGCUACACCUACUCCACGGCCCCGACGCCUGUGAUGGACAAUUCCCGGAACGCGCCUUUGGCCGGAUUCGGAUACGGCUUGCCCAUUUCCCGUCUCUAUGCCAAGUACUUCCAGGGGGACCUGAAUCUCUAUUCGCUGUCCGGAUACGGAACAGACGCCAUCAUCUACCUAAAGGCGCUGUCCUCCGAGUCGGUGGAGAAGCUCCCAGUGUUCAACAAGUCGGCCUUCAAACACUACCAGACCAGCCUGGCCGCCGACGACUGGUGUACCCCGAGCAGGGAGCCCCGGAACCUGUCCAAGGAGAAGGCGGCGGCGGUGUGAGGAGGCUGGGGGGGCCUCCCGAUGGUGGGAACAAGACCCGACCCCCGUCGGGGAAGAAGACCAGUGGGGGGAGGGGGGGGUGUCCGCCUGCGCUCUCCAGUGAGCCUCCUGAUUGGCCGAGGGCUGGCAGGAGCUCCGGGGCCGGCCUAGCUUGGGUGAAGAGGUCCGGCCGUGACCCCAGGAGGCCCGGACAGGCGGGAACACUCCUUCCCUGUGCCUGGCCAUUCCGAAGGCCCUGCCUCGGGGAGGCUUCGGGCGCCCUUUAGCCCCUGAGGACAGCCCCGAGGAGAAGGGGGCCAGGCGAGGCCGGGCCAAGCUCUCCACUGGCCUGGAGCCCGGGAAAAGGCCCGAGGGGUCAUUGCCCAGCCCGCGUGACUCCGGGUGCCCAGGAGGCCUGUGGCCCAGGGCAGAGGCCGGAGUCCCACCCAGCCAGAGGUGGGGGGAGGGGCUUGGAAAGUCGAAGGCUGGGGGAGGUGUUUGUCAGGUCCUAGAAGCUGGAUGGAGGGAGAAGUGGCCCCGCUGGCCGGUGGGUGUGUGGACAGACAGCAGGCCAGGGAGCAGGAUUCUGGAAUUCCCAGCAUGCCCGGCAAUGGAGUGAGGGCGGUAACCAGCGAGUUUGGCGCUGGGGCUUUAUGGCUGCAGAGGACGCCAGAAACCCAUAGAGCCGGGUGAUCCGGACCGGGUGCCCACACGCUGGGACUGUGACCCCCACGAUGCACGCCGAGGGGAGCCUCGAGCCCUGCCGGCCCCGGGAGAAUAUGGCGCCUGGCAAAGCUGCUGCUGCUGCUGCUGUGUGAAGCGAGUUUGUACUGAAAAACGACCCUUUUUAUAAUAAAGGUUUUUACUGUCACGAAA